AUGUCUGCAAUGGAUCUUACAUCAGCUCGUGGCACCAAACUCAGCGAUAUAGUAAUCGAUCACCGCCCCAGCACAGGCCGUGGCAAGAGGCUUACCCUUGCGCAAGAGGGCAUUCUGAGGAGACUCUAUGAACAAGAAUUGCCCUCUGUCCCCAGUGGUGAGCUGCCAGUGAAAGGGUUCUGGGUGAAUCUGGCGUCGCGGUUUCGCGAGCAGACCGGUCGCGAGUAUUCAUGGUUAUCUGUGAAGCGGCGGGCGGCAGGUUGGCGUCAAAAGCCUCUAGAAAUUGACCGGCGUCUGGAUGCUAGCGAGCUUGGGGUUGGGGAUUCGAAAUUUGAGCCUCGUCAUCGAGAUAUUGCUCGUGAACUGCCAUCGCAGCAGGAUUCACGCGACAGCGAACAGUCCACGCUGCCACCGAUCAAGCCUUCCCCGGAGCAGCAGGAUUCGAACACCCUGGAGUCGUCUGAACUUGAAAAAGGCCCCGGUGUCGGCGACUGGUUGCAGCGCAGUUGCUUUUCUGGCGCCACAGACCCAAGCCCGGACACCAGUAAGAAAGUCAGAUCCCCUCGCAUGGCUCAACCCCGCCCCCGAUCAAAAUCGACCCAACGUGUAUCGCACCCUGGAUAUCGUGGCCGAUCUCCGUCAACGACGAGACGCACCAAAAUUAUCUCCAGACGAUUACAUCGCCAGCUGGCCUCUUCGUCCGGCUCCGCACCGGCUGAUGAAGAUGUGCAGCUCAGCCAUCUGAGUACACGAAAGCCACCUGAAUACAACAGUGUCGUCGAGUCGGUGGGGAAGGACGAAUCGGAGAAUCACGCUCGUCAGCCAGCAAGAUCUAAGCGUGGAGAGAGUAAAGUCAGCAACGGCCUUCCUGCGUCGCCACACUUAUCUGAGCAAGAUGACUUACCACUGGCCCCAAUUCGAAUUAAGAGAAGGCGUGUUGCAAAAUGA